AGCUGUGUCCAAUCACAGCUGAUCACUGAUCAUCAGAGCACUGAUGAUCUGUGUAGCCCCAGCAGUGCCACCUGUCAGUGUCCAUCAGUGCCAUCUGUCAGUGCUCAUCAAUGCCACCUGCCAGUGCCCAUCAGUGCCACAUCAAUGCCACAUAUCAGUGGCUACCAGUGCACAUCAAUGCCACAUAUCAGUGCCCAUCUAAGCUGCCUUGCAGUGUUACCUAUCAAUGCCAGUCAGUGCUACCUAUUAGUGCUGCCAAUCAAUGCCAGUCAGUUCCGCCUAUCAGUGCCAGUCAGUGCCGCCUAUCAGUGCGCAUCAGUGCCACCUAACAGUGCCCAUCAGUGCUGCCUAUCAGUGCCACCUAACAGUGCCAGUCAGUGCCACCCAACAGUG